GCCCCGACCAAGCUUCCGGGGGGACCACCGAAAGCAGGAGGCUACGCAGCGGCACCGACUUCGCUGCCGUCCGGGGGUGCGCCUGCGGCUCCGGUUGGCCUGCCUGGCGGUGGCGCGUUGCCCAAGCCGUCCGUGCCAGCAGCCCCCUCCGCCCUUCCGGGCGGGAAGGCACCCCCCCCAGCGCCGGGAGCACUGCCAGCAGGGCCGGGCCCGAAACGCAGCGCGCCGCCGCCCCCCCGGGCGCUUCCGUCGGUCAGGGCUGGUCCGUCUGACUCUGGGUUUUCAGCCCCCUCGGCGCC